AACACUGUAAGAAAUAAGAACGUCUCCAGGUGGCUAAUUUUCUGGAGCACAAUUUAAACAUGUGACGUUUUCGGUUUAUCGUAAACUUUGUAUGGAGUUAUUCCACUUGAUAUUUUUUUUUAAAUUUAAUACACAUCGGCUUUAUACUUAUCAAUAACUGAUAUUCGUCAAUUAUAAAUAUGUUAAUUGAAAUCGAAUCGUUUAUAAUCUGAAGAGGUGGCAAUUGAAAACAGUAUCGGAUUUUUUUUAUUGUUUCUCAUCGCAUGGUGCUGAAAUUGUGAAGGAAGAAAAUGGAAAACAAACAAGAAUUAGGCUACAAAAAAGUACCGAUAUUUGAGGAAGGAGUGAUCGAAACAUCGACUUUACCAAGUAUAGAAAAAGCAUUCGUGACAAUAACAACAACUGGAGAUACGAAUCGUACUUUUCUUUAUAUAGCGGCUUGUACAGUUAAUAUCGUAUCUUUCAUUUGCGGUACCAGCUUGGGAUGGACGUCGCCGGAAAUACCGUUAUUGAAAAAUUUAACCACAAGUCCGUUGGAGGAAAUCAUAAGUCCUUCGCAGGAAGGUUGGGUGGGAUCUUUCCUCCCCUUAGCAGCGGCCAUCGGUCCCAUAGGCGGGGGAGUAUUGGCAGAUAAAAUCGGAAGGAAAAAAUCCUUGUUGAUCGCCAAUAUACCAUUUUUCGUGGCGUUUCUCGUAAAUUUCUUCGCGAAUUCGAUCUACCAUUUCUUUUUAUCGAGAUUUCUAUGCGGUCUGGGCAUAGGGAUUAUAUUUACCGCCCUACCGAUGUAUAUGGGGGAAAUAGCCGACGACGAAGUCAGAGGCGCCCUGGGAUCGUUCAUGCAACUAUUCAUCGUGAUAGGAUUAUGCUUUUCUUAUAUACUAGGGCCUUACGUGCCGAUGAAAACGUUCAAUUUGAUUCUACUGACACCCCCGGUGGCAUUUUCGAUUUUGUUCGGCGGUUUUGUACCGGACAGUCCGUACUAUUUGAUCCAAAGCGGUCGUAUCGACGAAGCUUUGAAGGCUCUAAUCAAAUUUAGAGGUUGCAGUAGAGCUUCGGCGCAAAAAGAAUUGGAAAUUAUGCGGACCCAAAUCGAGGAAGAUUCGAAAAGUAAAGGGAAUUUCGCGGAAACUUUCAAGAUUGUAUUGGGUUCGAGAGGUUUGAAAAUGGCGUUGUUUAUAUCGCUGAAUUUGGUUACUUGGCAACAAUUGUCCGGUAUCAACAUCGUUUUGUUUUAUACCCAGAGCAUUUUCACCGACGCCGGAGCGUCUUUGGCUCCGGAAAUUUGUACUAUAAUCACGGGGGUGGUUCAAAUAGUAGCCAGCGGCGCUACGCCUUUACUAGUCGAACGUUGGGGCAAGAGAUUCCUCUUAAUGCUAUCCGCCAUCGGUAUGGGUCUAUCUCAAGGCGUAUUAUCAUAUUUUUUCUAUAUGAAAGAGGAUCAAUCGAAAGAUGUAUCCGAUAUUGGUUGGGUACCGAUCGUGAGUCUGGUGGUUUUCAUUAUCACUUAUUGUCUAGGUUUCGGACCGCUAGCUUGGGCUGUUUUGGGCGAACUAUUUCCCGGUAACGUUAAAUCGGUAGCGUCUUCGGCUACCGCCUCGUUUUGUUGGAUCCUCGGGUUUUUUAUCACGAAUUAUUUCGGCGCCUUAACGUCUCUAGUAGGAAAAUCGGGUUCGUUCGGUUUAUUUACAAUUUGUUGCUUCAUUUCGGCAGGUUUCGUUUAUAAAUUUUUACCGGAAACGACUGGGAAAAGUUUGAUCGAAAUCCAGGCAAUUUUAAGCGGCGAAAAUUGAAAUAUAUCCUCGGUUAAAUAAAAUGUUAUUUAUAAAAAAAAAAUUUAGUACGCCUCUGGAAUUUCUAUCUACAGUUAGCUACGUCGUAUAAUCAAGGUCGACUAAUAGAUCGGAAAUGACGUAUACUACCGCUUCGAUGUGAAUCGGCCGACUAACUGUCAGCGACUGCUGCAGAAUUAUGUUGGUAACUACAUUAAAUACGGAUGUGUUACUGCUCUCUGGCGGUCAGGAUAGGUACUAUACGUUAUAGGGAAUGUAUUAUAUUCUUUAUUGAAUUAAAAGUGAGGGAGAGAGAAAGUUUUACCAUAGGCGUGCUAUAUGAAAAUUAUUUUGUGGGGGAUUUGAUUGAAUUUUCUUCGAAAAUCACAAAGUUUUAUGAUAAAUUACAAGAGAAAAAUAAGUUUUAGAAUUAAUUUAUCUAUGGUAUUAAAUUAAAAUGUUUUUAAAUCAAAUAAUCAAAUAUAUAAAUUCAUGAAAUAUCCAGAAAAGCCCAAAUGUUUCGAAAAAAUUAUUAAAAUCUUUAGAAUGGCCCAGAAAAUCACUUAAACUACGAGAAAAUGCUCCAUAAAUUUCGAAAAAAUUGCCGAAAUAUUCCAAAAACACCGUAAAAGCUUCCAAAUUUUCAAAAAAAAAAUCGGAACUGUCCCAAAAAACCCGUGAAUUUCACCAAAUUUUCAAAAAAAUUUUGAAAUAUUUCAAAAGCAUCCUAAAAGUCACCAAACUUUCGGAAAAAUUGCUGAAAUAUUAAAAAAAAAAUACUAAAUGACACCAAAUUUCAAAAAAAAAUACUGUUUAAUUCCAAAAACACCGUGAAAGUCACCAAAUCUUGAAAUAGAUGCAGAAAUAUUCCAAAAAAAUCGUAAAGGCCAUUAAAUUUUAAAGAAAAUGUUGAAAUAUUUUUGAAAAAUUGGAAAAAAUCGACAUAUUUACAAAAAAAUUGCUGAUAUAUUUCAAAAGCAUCCUAAAAGUCACCAAAUUCCCCAAAAAAAAUGCCCAAAUUUUCGAAAAAAUUACCGAAAUAUUCCAAAAACACCGUAAAAGCUUCCAAAUUUUCAAAAAAAAAUCUCAACUAUCCCAAAAAAAAACCCGUAAAUUUUACCAAAUUUUCAAAAAAAUGUUGAUAUAUCUCAAAAGCAUCCUAAAAGUCACCAAAUUCCUCAAUAAACGAUGAAUUAUUUCAAAAACACCGUAAAAUUCACCAAAUUUCCAAAAAAAUGCCCAAUUAUUCCUAAGAAACUAAAAAAGAGUCGUCAAAUUUUCCAAAAAAUUGGUGAAAUAUUCCAAUAAAACCGUGGAAAUCACCAAAUUUUGAAAUAGAUACUCAAAUAUUGCAAAAAAAAUCGUAAAAGCCACCAAAUUUCCAAAAAUUGUCUAAUUAUUCGACAAAUUUUCGAAAAAAUUUGUGAAAUAUUCCAAAAACACCGUAAAAACUUUUAAAUUAUUUAAAAAAUUCCCAACUAUUCUCAAAAAGGCCGUAAACUCCACCAAAUUUUCAAAAAAAUGUUGAAAUAUUUUUGAAAAAUUGAAAAAAAAUCGACAUAUUUACAAAAAAAUUGCUGAUAUAUUUCAAAAGCAUCCUAAAAGUCACCAAAUUCCUCAAUAAACGAUGAAUUAUUUCAAAAACACCGUAAAAUUCACCAAAUUUCCAAAAAAAUGCCCAAUUAUUGCUAAGAAACUAAAAAAGAGUCGUCAAAUUUUCCAAAAAAUUGGUGAAAUAUUCCAAUAACACCGUGGAAAUCAUCAAAUUUUGAAAUAGAUACUCAAAUAUUGCAAAAAAAUCGUAAAAGCCACCAAAUUUCCAAAAAUUGUCUAAUUAUUCGACAAAUUUUCGAAAAAAUUUGUGAAAUAUUCCAAAAACACCGUAAAAACUUUUAAAUUAUUUAAAAAAUUCCCAACUAUUCUCAAAAAGGCCGUAAACUCCACCAAAUUUUCAAAAAAAUGUUGAAAUAUUUCAAAAGCAUCCUAAAAGUCACCAAAUUCCUCAAUAAACGAUGAAUUAUUUCAAAAACACCGUAAAAUUCACCAAAUUUCCAAAAAAAUGCCCAAUUAUUCCUAAGAAACUAAAAAAGAGUCGUCAAAUUUUCCAAAAAAUUGGUGAAAUAUUCCAAUAAAACCGUGGAAAUCACCAAAUUUUGAAAUAGAUACUCAAAUAUUGCAAAAAAAAUCGUAAAAGCCACCAAAUUUCCAAAAAUUGUCUAAUUAUUCGACAAAUUUUCGAAAAAAUUUGUGAAAUAUUCCAAAAACACCGUAAAAACUUUUAAAUUAUUUAAAAAAUUCCCAACUAUUCUCAAAAAGGCCGUAAACUCCACCAAAUUUUCAAAAAAAUGUUGAAAUAUUUCAAAAGCAUCCUAAAAGUCACCAAAUUCCCCAAAAAACGGUGAAUUAUUACAAAAACACCGUAAAAUUCACCAAAUUCCAAAAAAAUGCCCAAUUAUUCCUAAGAAACUAAAAAAAGUCGACAAAUUUUAAAAAAGCUCACUGAAAUAUUCAAAAAACAUACUAAAUGUCAUCAAAUUUUCAAAAAAAUGCUGUAUAAUUCCAAAAAUAGCGUAAAAACCACCAAAUUUCCAAAAAAAUGCCCAAUUAUUCCUAAGAAAAUAAAAAAAGUCGAAAAAUUUCCGAAAAAAUUGCUGAAACAUUCCAAGUCAUCAAAUUUUCAAAAAAAUUCAGUCACUAAAUUCUCAAAUCAACCGAGAGAUAAAAAAUAAAUUUUUGUGAAACUUUUUUUUCCGAAAUUAACCCACCCCCUCCCCAAGAUUUCAACUUGGUAUAGAUAUAAAUUGCCCCCAAUCAACUUAUUCGCCGAUACGCCUCUGUUUUAUAUCGGUUCGUACGCGGGACACCCUGUAUAGAUGGUAGGUAGCUGUCUUUCCUUCACUUUAUUUUCAAUGUUAUAUCCAUAGAGUUAAUGUUAAAGAUAGAUAUUUGUGACGUAUGUGACGUCACAUCAAACGUCAAAUUUUAUACACGGACUUGGAUAUGUCAUAUGUCAAAUAAAUAUGACGUUUUUUGUACAUUUUUGUUGUAAAUAUAAAGUUCAGUGUGUAACGGUUAGAUUUGUAUAUAGACAUUGAAAUUAUCAACAAAACUUAAUUAUUAUAUUCAAAUUUGUACUUCAUAGUUUACUUUUCACAAAACCCCAUAUACAUAUAUGAUUGAAUAGGGUAAAAAUGACGCACAAUUUUUUUUCAAACGAAUCAACUCGUGUUUUUAUUUUCAUUAUCAAAAAUAAAGACUGAAAUAUACACGUGAACGCAGUGUCUAGACCAAUCAAUAUUAUUGCGAAACCUCUAUACUAUUUAUUUUAUCUAUGCUAAAUAAUUUUUUCGUAUUUGAAGUACAAAAUCAAAGAACUGAUUAAAUUAACGUAAGAAAUAUGUAUUAUUAUGAAUAAAUGAAGUUGUAUAAUGAA